ACGGGUUGAUGUCGUGUGUCCAGCAAACGUCGUCAACGCGCGCGUGUGAUUCAAUCGUCAAUGUACUACUACUGUUUAUUGCCCCAUGUGAGGAGGGUGUAUGCUAGACAGAGUUUCUUAUCAAUGCAAUCGACUGCUGAAGGAAACGACGUGCCUCAAGGUUCUAGCUUGAGUCCCCUGUGCGGUGAUGUUGAAAGUGUGUAACGCUCUCUCCGUCUCCAUGUUUUGUCUCCGUACGAAUGCGUGUAUUAUCUAUUGUUCUACUGUCGCGUAAAAUAAAAGACUGAUUAAUUAAUAACAAACCGUAUUAGGGAAUGUCUAUCUAUAGGUGGUUCAAUAGGAGUGCAUCAAUGUUUUUAUUGAGACCGAUACCACGACUACUACGACUAUAGCGCUUAAAUGCAACGACUACUGCCAUCCUCGGUGUUAUGUCCACCAGGGUUGCUGCGAUAGAAAUUCAGCGAAUCGAUCUCCGGCAGCCAGUUUGUUUUUAAUGUGUACGUGCUUAUGCUGCUUCCUUUGGCAGCAUGUCUCUAUGCUUGCUAUGAUGUUAUAUAAGCGAUAGAGCUAACAUCGCGUGAGGGGGUCGGGAUUUGAAAGGUGCGGCGGGAAAAACGCUGCUGAAGAAGAGUAGUUGGAGAAAGAAGAGUUUGCAUUCCCUACGGGAAGUUGAGUCGUUGAGCCGCGACAGGCAGGCAGGAGGUCGCGUGAGAGAGUUUUGACAAACGCAAGGCAAGAACGAGGAACGAACUCGGGAGAGAUUCGAGGGAUUGUCCUCGGCCCUGAGUGUGCGUACGUGCGCAGCCCUGAGUUCUUGGAAGCGGUUGCGAAGGGCGCGCGCCAGGCGGGUGUCCGGUUUCUCCGUUGUGUUGGUACGGUUCCCGACUUUGAAAAAGAAUCUUCAGGCGCCGAGCCGGACCACGAAACCGGGUGCGUGGUGUUCCCGCAAAGUAUCCGGGUGUUGGUGCACCAGGAAGAAGCCCUCCACCGUUUUGUGUUCGAGCACGUGGCUGUGUGCGUGUUGCAUAGAAGAACGAUCCAGGAGAGGAGUCCAGAAAACGAAGAAGCACCCCUGAAGAAGAAGAGGAGCAGGAAGAAAAAUUCAUGUUGGCUCGAUUCCGACGACUGGGUAGCAUUGGAAAAUAUGUUUUCCUAUUGCGGUAAAGUCACGGGGCGUUCGGAAUAGGAAAUUGUACAAAUUUCUCGGAAUACAGUACGGUUUUAGUGAAAAAAGAUAUUCGCGUGUUUCGAUUCUCGAUAAACGAAAUCCUUCCUCCUUCCGGCGGGCGCGACUUCCUGGGAAUUUGUCUGGAGGCUCGAGAGCGAGUGUGCAGAAGAAGAAAAGUGCCAUUUUCCGAGAAAUUAUUUCAAACGGAUUAGAUCCUGAGAUUUCCCCCUUAUUGUGGAUAAAUGUGUUCAAGUGACAAGUGAAAACUACUAAAGGAAUCAACUGUUGUUAGGUGUUCUUUGCGACGAUCCACCUUGAAUUCAAAGUUCUUAACCACUUCAGGCGGAUCAGUAUGGAUUAUCAACGGAAGCUGUAAGAAAAGUAGCAGACCAAUCGAAUUCUGAGCCCAGAAGCUGAAUAAGAAAAGUUAAAACAUUUAACAGAUAAACACACCGAAGGACCGGGAAGGUCUCACAGACCGGACAAAAUGUGCCACGCAGGGGAAUCAAUAGAGCACUGAACUGCUCUUAAACGGUUCGAACAGGCAAACGGUUGAAAUCAGUUCCGAGAGACGCCACGCACAAGCAACUGAAUUCGGGCCAGCCAGCAGGACGAGCAACCCCCUUCAAAACGGCUUCCAUCAGCAUCAAGAUGGCCCCGCACACGCAGGGCAGCAACCUGACGAUCAAACAGCAAUACCAACCUCACCAGUGGCCAUGGAACACAAGUAAUAACACCAACAACGGCACAAACAAUAGCAAUAACAAUGGUUCAACAAGCAACAACACCAAUGGCAAUAGCAGCAGCACAAGUAACAAUCAACCACCAUCGCCUGCAGUCAACAAUACUCUAACUUUAACGCAACAAGCGUCGUCAGCACAAGCGCAACAACAAUCGACCAACAACACUGCCCUGGCUGCGGCUGCCGCAGCUGCUUCCAUUUCUGUAACACCAGUGGUCAACAAACUGAAACGCCUUCAGCCAGCGCCGCCAACAUCCUCAUCGACGUCGACCUCCUCCUUGGAUGCUGAAACGUUCUCGAUCGCCAACGGUGCCAAGCGAUUACGAGCAGGAACGACGAUCGAGCGGGUGAACAAAUCCGUCGGAACCAACAGUAGUAAUGGUGGCCCACCGGGCUUGGUUGCUGUUGGUUCCGCACUCACUGCCACUUCAACUAAUGCUGCCACCAACGCCAAAAAACUCACCCAAAUGGCCAUCGUUGCAGCCAAUCAUCAACAGCAGCAGUAUCAGAUCUCAGCAACUGGAACGACGAUGACCAAGAUCACGAAGAACACAACUAACUUCACUGCCAGCGGAGCUGAUCUGGCCAACUCCAACAAGAUAACAGGUUACUUCAAGUCGCAAAUGAAAACCACCAACACAUUUAAUAAUCUAAAGAAAAAUAUUAAAACUAUAGCGGGACGAGCCACGACGAUGAAGACGACGACUGCCUCAUCGACGACAACGGCCACGGCAGAGGCGGAAGCGGAAAUCACCACUACGACGGAACUGAUGACGACCACCUCGACGGUGCUGCAACAGAAGCAGAUCAUCAAAACUGCCACCACCACAACCAGCAAUGGGCCCCUCAAGGCGUCCUCGAACGCAAGCAGCAUCGAGAAAUACAUGAAUCAACUCCAGCAGCAGCAGGUCAAAAAGACUGAUCUCGAUGUACGGACGCUGACCACAACAUCCACGAUCGGUCCCGCCACAUCGCUUAAGAAAGUGGAGCGAAAGACUGCCCGGAUAGCUCCUACGGUGUCACUCACCCGAAAGGUUAGUCACGCAACUCAGGGUGGCCUAGGUGUGGGACAACCUAAGAAACCUAUCACCAUUGCCCCUCGGACGGCAGAUCCCAAACUAGCACUACAAAAUCUCAACCAACCGCAGCUGGUAGCAACCUCUAGCCAAAAUCACACCAAACAACAAGAUACCAUGGUCAAAACGUCUCAGCCAACAGUUCUGCUGACGGCAAUCCGAAUUCCUCAGCAACAACACCAGACCCAGCAGCAGCAGCAGCAACAACAGUCCGCGCAAUCCCAAAACCAGCAAUCACAGACCCAAACGCAGCUGCAGCAGCAGUUCAAACAACAUCAACCACCUCCCAUGGCAAGUCCGCCGCGUACCCCAACAAAGCUAGGAUCAGCUGUGUUUCAGUUCCACCCACAAGCUACCGCUGUCAUGCCAAAUCUGGUCCAGAUACCGAAUCUAGUUCCAACACAACCCGUUUCCUCAGCUGCCGGUAAGCUGAGCGGAAACUCGGUCAAUUCGGUAGUAUCUAGCUCGUCCAGCACGAUGACCAAUAGUCCGGCAGCUGCAGCCACAAAUUUACUGAUGAAUAACGCUGGCUUGACAGCUGCCCGCUUAAACAACGGAACCACUCAACUGUUCAUGAACGGAACUGUCAUCAAGUUGCAUCAAAUUCAACAGGCGCAGCUGCAGCAACAACAAGCUGCUGCUUCCGCCUCCUUAACAGCUGCUACAUCCCAACAAAACAUGACCAUGGAAGCUUCGUCGACUGCAGUCAACAUGAGCAUCAACGGUUUGAUGAGUAAAGCUCCUACGCAACAACCUCAGUCACACCAGCAGCAGAACAAAACCUUCACACUGCAUGCCACUACACAGCAGCAGCUGUUCCAGCAAGCAACUAACGCUACCGCUGCAGCAUUUGCACCGCAGCAAAUCUUCAUGACCCCAACCGGUCAAAUACUGCUGAACGCCGCAGCACUGCCAACUAUGCUCACUUCCGGUCUCACACCUGCCAGUUUCCAGCAAGCGCUUACUCAGGCUGCCCAGGCCAACAUUCCAGCGCUUCAUCCGCUGCAACCGCAGCAAAACCAACAACAAUCUCAACCAACACAGUUACCAAAUAUCACCGCCAUUAUCCAGCAACAGCAACAACAACUGGCCCAACAACAACAACAACAGCAGCAGCAGCAGCAGCAACAACAACAACAACCUCAACUCUCCCAAUUGGCUCAGCCAAACUUCCAACAACUGUUGGCCAACAUACCGCAGGCGGUUCUACAAAACCUCCAAGCUACUGCCAAACUAGGUCAAGGACCACAAUUCGUUUCUAUCCCACCCCAAUUAUUCCUCAACCAGCCAACCCCGUCCUUAACCAGUCAAACUUCGCCGAUCACGAUUUCCACUUCAACGAUACCAUCGGGAUCAACGACGGUUGCGCAACCCCUAUCUCCACCUCCACUGGUCGCAACCGUGCCCACAUACUCCACUACCGCCAAACCCAUCAUGAACACACUGAGCAACCAAAAGAUCGUCAUCGCCUCGGCCACUACAAACACCAGCUCGUCAAACGGAGUUGGACCUACCGUGAAACCCCAAGUCACUCCAACGAUGAAACCGAUCUCCAACAGCGAACCACCCAAGCUGGUUCCGGUGCAACUGAACAAACCGUCGAUUUCAAUCACACCAGUCCUUUCGUCGACCAAUCCACCGAAGCUGGUUCCAACCUCAGCGCCUCCGGUACCCAAGCUGGUCUACUCCAACUCGGUAGGACCCAAGACGAUCUCAAAAGAACUACCAAAACAAUCUACCCCUGUUCCUGCGUUGGCACCCACAUCGACUCCCGUGGCCAAACCUCCUCCUCCACCUCCAGUUCCAAUCGCCCUCUCUACUAUUCCCAUGAACAGUACCCGAGCCGUCGAGAACAAAUCACCUCCAGCCCUCAACCCCCUAAGCAUGGACUGUGGAAGCAGUAACGAUAGCGGAAUAGUGGCCAACUCCAGCGACACUGAAGACAAGUCGCUAACCAUCGACCUCUGCUCUCCGGGUACCCCCGACUCAUCGCCGCAAAAAUCCAAACUGGAACCACUUCGGAAUCCAUCUCCAAUCCCAGAGCCACAAUCUCCCUUAGACCCAUUACCUCAACCGGAAUCCCCCUUAGACCCAUUACCUCAACCGGAAUCCCCGCCGGAGCCAGAAUCUCCUUCCGAACCCGAGUCAUUCGCUCAACCGGAAUCAUCCCUAUCCGAACCAACAUCCCCUCCGGAAUCGUCCUCACCCCUGCAACCACAAUCCCCGACAACCGAACCGGAUCCCCGAUCACCUCCGGAACAACCCAUCAAGGAAGAGACGGAACUUCUUCCGCCACCUCUACGAUUGCUGCCACCCUCGCCGGAGACCGAAUUCUCCAUCCCCAGUCAGAAAUCUCCCAAGAGUCUCGUCUUGGAGCAGAUCAAACGCAAACUACCCGAAACGCUGGACAUCGGCGAUACCACCCCACAGGAAUCCAUGUCCUCCGAUCAGGACUCCUCGACCACCAACCAAAGCCCCACGUCGAAAGAAGUCCCUCAGCGACGACCCGCAACUCCACCAGCACCAUCGAUGGCUACGAGUCUACUCGAACUCGAUCUCUUGAGCACUCCUCCGACGACGACGGAAUGCGCCAAAAGCCCGAUCCUUUCGCAACCGAAAACCAUCCGGUUCCCAGCUCAGAACGGAGUCCAUCACAACUUUGGCCGAAAAGGCUUCCGACGCCUUUCGGAUGGUCGGCUAUUUGGAGUGUGCUACUGGUCCGAUUGUAACGCCCAGUUCGACACCAGCUCCAAGCUGCUCGAUCAUCUGCAGAUCCAGCACGUCAAUAGUCAGACGGGCCCGUUCGCUUGCCUCUGGGACGGGUGCAAGGUGCACAACAAGGAGUCUUGCAGUCGCCGCUGGCUGGAACGGCACGUUCUAUCCCAUGGUGGAUCGAAGCCGCACAAGUGCAUCGUCGCGGGGUGCGGCAUGCGGUUCGGCUCGCAGGCCCAACUCGAGAAGCACGUCAACUAUCACUUCAUCAACACGGACAACGCAAGCUCCGGAAAACGAUCGUCGGACCCACCGGUGCCCAAGUUGCUAAGAAAAACUAGCAGGAAGCUGCGCUUCCGACGGCAACCUUGGUCAUCGCGUCGUUUCGACUUCUUCGACAUCGGGGUGAUGGAGGGGCUGCAGUACCGGCUGAUACUGGCCGGCAGUGUUGCCAGCGCUCGGCGCGGCAUGAUGACCUUCCGGGGCGAGGUCGCGGGACGGCGCGUCGUCGGAGGGGGUUCGGAGGAGGUGUUUGUCAAGUGGUUCCCGAAAGAUAUCCUCUCAGACGACUGGAUUCCGGAGCGGGAACUGGUGCUCACCAAAGAGGUCUCACUGUGUGAACUGAGUCCGGACCAGCGGUUCGAGCUGGAGGCACAGCUCAGCACCGAUCGGAAGGACAACCGGGAGCUGCUGUCCUGUUUGGAGGAGCUGAACCAAAAACUGCUGCAGCAACAGACGCAGCAUGACCACUUCAGCAGCUGCAGCAGUAGUAGUAGCAGCAGUUCGACAAGCGGCUGCUGUAGCAGUGCCGGAACUAGUACCGGCAGCAGCAGUAAUAUCAGUGCUCCGAUACCGUUUAACUCAAGAACGGGUCCCAAGAAGUUGAGGAAACCACCCAAGGAGCUUCCAUUGGCGGCGGCACCAGCAUCCGCAGCACCAUCCGUGACCACCAAAGUUGAUGCGUUGCUAUCGUCCAAGCUUUCGUCUUCAGCUUCGUCGUUGGUAUCGUCAUCAUCGGCCGACAGUGGAAACGGAAAGGCCAACAGUAGCGCCAGUAACAUCUCCUGACCUUUACCCAAACAGGUCAGGGAUCCACUGCGCUCGGCGCUGUGUAGUUCCCUGGCGCAGAAGCGUACCCGCCGUGCGCUCAACUGUAUUCGGCGACGUGCAACGGAGAAAAUGCAACAGCAGCAAAUGUUUGUCUCACCUGGUGGCCAUGAAGUGGCGGCGGCAUCAUCGGAGUCCUCAGGCAGACAACAGAUACAAUUAGAGUAGAGUAGGUUUUAUUUCAUGCAAGUCUAAUUCACCCCUUUUUGAUGAAAGGCUGGAGUAGUGUGUCUACGAGUGGGUGUAUAGAAUUUUAAAGAUUUUGUAAAGAGGUUUCCCCACGAUCGCGUAAUCCGGAAUCAUUUUUCCCUAUCGAAUCGGAGAUCGCAAAUUGUACAUAGAUACAAAUACAUACCCAGAAAGUCUGUGGUCCGCGGAAAUUCAAAGAAGAGGAAGAAAAUGUAUCACAACAUAUUAAGUAUUACCAGGACACAGUGCAUUUCUUCAUACUCGUAACAAAACGAAACAAAGCAAAAACAGAAAGCUAGAAUUGUUGGAGCUAGAAAGUGUGCAAAUUGACAACUGCCCGAACAACCGCCAUCAAUGAUUUCGAUCCUUCCGUAACGAGUCUUUUCUUUUCUGUAGCUAUACGUUCGACGAUUUAUUCAGAAAAAAAUAAGUGAGAUCAGCGCGUUAAAAUUGUAAAUUAGUGAAGUAGGUUUUGUUUAGGACAAUUUUUAAACUGUGAGCGCGAGAGAGAGAAAGCAGACGGUGCAAAUAUUUAAAAUUUUAGUUUGUGUAUUUUUUCGUUUAGGAAGCGUGUCCCGGAAACAUUUUAUUUUAAUGUUUAAACAAGGGCACUGCACCCAAGGUUUUGUGCUAGAAUAAUUUUAUAAUAAUGAAAAUAUUAUAUCACACACACUUGUGGCGAUAUCCAAUUAGGUAGUCGCUAGAGAGGGUGCUUUUAUUUUGGAAAGCAAAAGAUUCGAGUUUGGUUCAAACGGUAGAAAAACUAACAAAAAUUUGAUUGUGAACAAAAUUGUUUGAUCUCAGGAAGUUAGUAGCGCGCUUAAGUUAAGCUUCUAGUUUAAACACGAGGACAUUGGAAAUAAAGAACGGUUUUAGGUAAAUUUUCUUUUGACGAUGAGUUUGCUGUUUUGGAAGCAUUUCUCGAUGAUUUUUAACUUUUUUUUCUCGAGCAGUUGAGGAAAUUUUGAGUUCCACUAAGCACUGAAUAAUGAAGGUAUUUGUAGAAAAUCAAUUUAUUACAAAAGAAACGAAUUUUUGAGUACUUACCUUCAUUUUUAAUUGCCAAGUUGAACUCGAAUCCAGCUGGAAAAGAACAGAAAAAGAUGGUUUUAAAGACUGAUGAUCAUCGCCAUUUUCACAACUUAUUGAGUAACAGAGAAAAAAAACCUUCAGAUAGUACACAAAACGCAUCGCAUUUUGGUUACCAUGACAGACUACAAUAAAUAAAAUUGCAAAGCCUACCAUGAUACUAAUCGUUUUGCUGUACACUCAAAUUACAGCCGUCGAUAAAGUUUUCCAAAAAAUGAAGAACCCAAAAGGAGACAGGAAUUAGUCAAAAAUACACAUGUAAAUAGUGAACAAUAGACUUUCCUUGCAACAAGGAAAACCAACCAACGUUGUAAAUAACCAAAUCUACUAAAAAAGGGCUCUUCAAUCUACACCGUUGAUAACCAUCGAUAGAUGUCGCUUUGUUUAUUUCCGAUAGACUACCAGGCGUCUACAUUUUGACUCUUCCAUUCUUUAUUCAUAUUCACUUGUACAGAGUGCGGCAGGAAAAAAGCAAAAAAAGGAGUUGUUCUCUAUAUGAUUAUUAAGGUAAAGCAUUCAUUUUUUGGGCAUGACAACCUUCUGUCGUUUGAAGAUAAAUUUUUUCCAACACCUUCUUUAAAAGACCGAUCUUCUUUUAGCUCGACGACUUCCGAUCCACAAACCUUUAAUUGGACCGACUACCUUCUCACAGUUCACCAAUCUUAAUUCAGCUAGACGACCCAGGUUUGGCUCAAAGAUCUUAUUUUUUCCAAAGCCUUUUUUUGGUCAUCGACCUUCUUUCACCUCGGCGACCUAUAUUAAGGUUAGGGCUCGACAACCUUUUUUUGGGUCGACGCCCUUCUAUUGGGUCGAGGGUCUUCUCUAAGCUCGAUAAUCUUUUUCCGCUCGACACCCUUCCUUUGGCUCGAAUACCUUCUUAUGGGUCGAUGACCUUCCUUUAGCUCAACGACCUUGUGACAACCUUUUUUUUUAGCUCGAAUAGCUUCUUUUGGGUCGAAUGCCUUCCUUAGGAUCAAAGGCCGUCUAUAGCAUCGAUGAACUUUUUUAAGCCCGAUAGCCUAUUUUUGCUCAUCGAGUUUCUCUUGGCCCGAUAAUUUGCUUUGUGCUCGACAACCUUUCCUUGGCUCAAAGGCUGUCUUUAGUUCAAAGAUUUUUUUUUCUAUUCAAACCCUUCCUUUAACUCGAGACUUUUUAAUGGUAAUUCCACUUCUUUCAAUAUUUUUCUGUCCAUAAUCUCCAGGUGAAUGGCUCAGUGUGUAGGACUAUAUGCCCGCCCACAUCUGAUGAUCUACUGCAACACUUCAAACUAAACAUAAGCAAAUACACUGUCAAUGGGAGAGAGUCAUAAGUUCAACAAAAUUAACCAAAUUUUAUAAUUGAUUUAUUAACGCAAUUUUUUGUGCCGCACUCACUUACGAGAAAAUAGUUUUCGAUGUUUACCUAUCACUUUUUUAAAUGUUUUGUUUUGUAUCUUACUCUACCUGUUUGCCAAUUUUCCAAGCACUUUUUCAAGUUUUACUCCAACAAAAAAAAAACAAAGGUAACAACACUCAACCCCAAGAAAGUCUUUCCAGUAACUAUUUAACGACUAAAGAAUAUAAAGUGUAUUUCCCUUUCUCGUAAACUUGUUUCUUAUCAACGUUAUUACAUUUUGUCUUGAUUUUCCUUUUAAAAAAACAAUACUGAAAAAGGCAAUUUUCCAAACUACAAUCUCAUAGAUGUGUGCGUGUGUGUAUCCUAUCUGUUAAGACGAGAAACAAUCUGAAUAAUUUCACUUGCAUAGAGUUAGGAAGAAACCAGCAACGGCAACAACACGAUCGUAACGAGACAACAUUACCUAAUAGAGCGCGUAGCUAUCAGUGUCUAAAGUUAAAGGAAAACAAAAACCCCUAGCAAGUAGAAGUUAGAGCCACGAGCGAUGAACGAUAGACGCGAACGAGAAAUGUCGAAAAAUGAGUCGUUUUUUUUUAUUUGAAAUUCGUCUACAGCGUCGAAACCAGUUAGUUUAAAAAUUAAAAUUUUUGUCGUCGUAUAAAUUCUAUUCGGUAUUAAACGUAAAAAGCGAAGAACAGUUACAACUUUCUGUCGAGUAGCAAGUAAAAGUUCACUGCCAAAACUUAUGACUGAUUACGUGGUUAAACUACAAGGAAUAACGAGAGAAAGAAGAAGAGAAAAACACUUAAGUAGGAUUUAAUUCAAUUUAAAAUGAGUGUGUUUAGAGAAAUAAAAACAAUAACAACAACAGGCGGAAUGGAUCACACCAGCUUUGUGUAGCAUUUAGUUAAACGAGAGAGAUGUAAUUGUUAAGGUUUUCCUCCAUCAUUCAGUAGUACAACAAAUGUUCAAGAAAAAACGUAAACAAAAAACAAACACAUGGUGACAUAACCUCGAACCUCCAAAUACUAAUACCUUCUCAUUUGAAGGGACAUCAAAUGACAGCAACAAACAAAACAAAACAAAAAACACGAUUAGCAAUGACAUACUGCCAUAAUGAAACACAAAAGUAAUUUAGUAUUUAAAUGUAAAUUAUCACUCCAAAACAAUCGCUACGCUCCUAGCCGUUUGUUUGUAACAACUAGCUUUCAAACGAACAAUGCGCCCACAACAAACAAAACCAAUGUCAAACCAUAGUUUUUCGAUGCUCUGCAGACAAAUUUGCCGUAGAAAAGUGCUGGCACUAAGGCAAUUUUGAACCCUAGAGGGCGCUGCCUCUCCCCGCAAAAUCAUUCUUUGGCAGCGCACCCGUGUACUUUUGAUUUAGAGUGUAUAAUGCGGAUCAGUCAGAUCAGAUCGAACAUUUCAGUGCUGCGCAGUGUCAAACCACAUUGUGAACCUAACCUAAUCACUUACUCGCGCUUAUAUUUUUUUUCUAUGGGACUGAGAAACAAAUUUUUUUCUAAGAAAAUUUUGACUUUAUAUAAAUUAAUCGAAAAAUUAAAUUAAUUUUUAACUUCCCACCCCCAUUCGGAACAUAAAUUUGAUGGGAACUAUUAGAUGAUUUAAAUCGAAAACACAAAACGCGACUACACGCAGCGUGCAGUCGCAAGGGAUAGACUUUUUUCUAGGAUUAAACCUUUAGGUUAAACGAAAUUCUAUGUAACAACAUAUUUCGACCGACUUUUUUUUCCCUUGGAAAAAUCAAUAAACUUUCGGAAGCAAUUUUCUGUUUUGACCUACAAAUGAAAGCAAAAUGAACGCGAAAACUACUAUCUACUACUACUAGUAGUAGUGCGCGUGCUAAACUAAGGCAUUUACUACGUAUGGCAAUUUGUCCCACCUUUAAAAUUAAAUUUAAAAGAAAAAAACGAAAAUCGGAGGAAAUACAGCAACAGCAACAAUUUCUAGUUUAAUUUUGUAACCCUCAAUUUAGUCUAAGGUUAGAAAGAUUUUCUAAGGUUUUUUUUAAAUUUUACUGAAAAAAGAACCUGGUAAGAGAAGCGGAAAAUCCGUUGAAUUUUUUCAAACAAAUAUAAAAGAGAAAAAAUACGAACAAAACUUGUCCAUAGAUUUUAAAUUUAACAAAUAUUUUAUAAUGCGAACACCGCAGAUAGAGUUGUAUUUCUGAGUUAGUGUAAAAUAUUUUAGUUUUCAAGCUUUUAUCCCAACUUUCUAUGAUGAUUCUUCCAACAACCAACAAAAAAACACCAGUUAACUUUUGUGCAACUUUUUUUUCCUAUAUCCCUGUCUAAGACUUUCUUUCCACUUUUAUCUUAUCUCUUUUCAACUGUGUGCGAAAAAGUGUCAAGAAAAUGUUCCACCUCUCUCAUCCUUCUUUCCUAAAUAGUAAAUGUUAAAUUGUAAUUAUUUCCCAAAUAUCUAAGUAAAAUAGAAAUCACUCGAUUUACUUUGUAACCGGAUAAAGAAAAAAAAAAAAUGAGAUAAAAAAGAUUUAAAAAACUAUACAAUAAUAUGUGCUGAAAACAUUAUACCCUUUGUGUUGUUUUAUUUGGUUUCGAUUAUUAGUUUAUAAGUUGACAAGUCCCUUUGGUUAAUUCUUUUUUCCCUUCCCUCAUGCUUGUUGUUUUUCAUUAUGUCGUUUUUUGAUGAUAUUCAGUUGAAUUUGUCUUGUUUGAGUUUACCUGUCCCAUACAAUCCAUUUCCAAUCGAAAUUCUUAAGUUUAUGCGGCAGACGUUUGGGAAGAAAAACACUCCAACUAACGUUCAGAGAUUUAUGCAGAAUAGAACCAUGGGGAAUCAAAAGUACUCACAUGUACAAUGAAUCAAUGAGAAUUCAGAUAUAAAAAAUCUAUAACAAAGACAAACUUUGGACUUGUAAGCUAUUGUGGAAUCACUGCCGUACAUUUCAAAAUUAAAAUAAGCUUGUCUGGUUUUCUUAAACAUAAAACGCUGCAAAAAUGCUGGACUAUUGAAUAGACCGAAGGGUAUGCUCAUAAGUUCAUAUUUACGUCAACUUUAUAGUGACUCUUGCACCUUUAAUCGAAGGUUUCUCAGUAGAUCGUAGAUAUUACCCUAAGGAUAUUAUCUAAGUGAAAGCCGUACGAUGGCGUUGAAUCUCGUGUCGCUGUCGAAGGAUACAUAAUAUUCGAGCAGUUUUUUUUAAUUGUCGAUUACCCAGGUGGUAAAUCCUUUUUAGGGAUUGCAUUUCAAGGCACGGCGAGCCACCGCGUCCCCCAGUUUGCUACUCUGGGUCCAUGGGUGCAAUUAUUGACUCAUGAUACUAUGUACCCCUACAUCAUAAAGUCCACCUGGGGCCUGUGGCCAUAUUUCUCAUCCAGACCUGCAACAAAGGCUACACCCAUGAUGGGAAGACCAUACUCGCGCAAAGAGCUCCACAGCAAUACUCGUUUAUACGUACUACACCAGCAAUCGUCACUCUUCUGUCACGAUUCACGACUCACGGGUUGGCAGUCCGAUCGCCGCCACUCGUGACUCGAGUCCCACAUUCGGCCUCUUGCCACAAUUCGAGACGUCUUGACCAGCCUCAUCUCGUGACUCGAGACUCUCACACGCUCAUCCUCUUGACACAAUUUAAGACGUCUUUACCCGCCUCUCCUCGUGUCAUAAGGGCCCUCAAUAAAAUCGUCUCUUGACCCGAUUCGAGACGAGAACAACUCGCCUCUCCUCGGGUCUGGAGAUAUCCACACACCUAAUCUGUUCUCCGUCUCGACUCUUCGAGACUCAUCUUGAGGCCCAUCGACUGGGCGCCACAUAUUACGACACAAGGCCCCUCUGCCCGUCGUGAGUCGGUCAUAUCCGCGUAUCGGGGCUAGGACCACCCGACGCGCGAAUUCGUCCAACACCCGCUCGAACAUUUGGUCGUCCGGCAUAUCGGGGUCGCGACUACUCGAUACACGUUACGACCCCUCCCUCUUGCAACUGAGCACUGGUACCAAGGUAUCCAGUCGCACCACAUUUGUGCCCCAUUCGGCACGCAGCUCGUCGGCGGGCUGGCUGCAUCAAGUGUGACGUGUAGUUCUCUUGGCCGUACGCCUACAGGUGACAAGUCUGUAGACACGUUUCCAAUAUGCACCACGGGGAGGUGCAGCUACGUCGCAAAGCAAAUUUCUAUCUGGAGCCUUCGACAUUGAUCCGGCCCUAAACAUUUAUGAAGCUGUAUAAUACCUCUUUUUAUACGAUGUUUACUGUGUUGAAGGUCAUAUAUCCCCUCUUCGCACCGCCCCCGUGACAAAGUAAGAUUGGGUCUUAAGACAUCUAAGAAGCAGAAGCAGUCAAACGGAGAGCUCGUAAAUUAUAUGAUCAACUGCUGUGUGGAAAAUCAGGGUGCGUUAUCAUUGACGACGAGUCUUGUUGCAAGUUUGAUAACAAAACGCUUUCGGAUGACCAGUAUUACACUGUUCGGGAUGGCCAAAGUAUUGACGAGACGGAGACAUUUAAAAUUCGUAAAAAGACAAUGGUUUGGCAAGCCAUAUGUGAGUGCGGGAAGCUUUCCAAGCCGUUCGUAACUACUGACACAAUGAAUACCUAAUUGUCCUCAAGCGAGACCGAUUGAAACUUUUUGAGCUGUUACCUAAUCGUAUUUGACCAAAAACAUGUGAAAACCUGCAGAUUCUAUUUAAAACUUCCAUAAAGACUGGAAAAAGUGGUAAAAAUCAUCCCAAAUCAGUUUGUGCUGAGGCUAAUAAGAUCAAAAUCUAUCAAAAUAAAAAUAAAUCAUAAUCAUAAAUAAUCAAAAAUCGAUCAUUGGCGUACGAUUGGUUGGAAUAUAAUUUUGAGUUUAAUCUCUGUAAAAAAGACUACAGAGAUCAUAAAAAAGAAAUAAAAUUUGGAUUUGCUCCUAAGUUGUGUAACCACGGGCUAACCUACUGCUCAGUGGAGCAAGAACCCCCCUCUAGCCUCAGGGUCGGCACUCGUAAAAGGAAUCACAGAAUCAAGGAAACACUUUAGAUCAGUCAAGAGAACUUCCAAUUUAUUU